AUGAAUUUGUUAAAACAGAACAUAAAGAUCGUGACAUACCUGAUGAUAUUAAAACAAUAUUGAAUAAAGAUAAAUACAAAUUAGUUUGGAUUCCUUAUCACCAAUUCGAAGAUAUUCGAGAAAUUGGAAGUGGUGCUUUUGCGAUUGUGUAUCGUGCAAUUUACAAAAGAACUAAAAAACUUAACCGGGUACCUGAAUUUACAUUACUUGAUAAAUUAGAAAUAAAUAAGGAUAGAUAUAAUAUACUACUUAAACAACACAUAAAACAAAGAGGACUGGAUUAUAUUAUCGAACUAA